UCUCUCCAUCCAAACCCUAAUCUUCCUCCAGACGCCACCACCGAAUCUUCUUUUGUUCGUCCUUUUCUUCAUCAAAAAUGUUAGAUUUCAUUAGUUACUACUAUGGAGAAAUCAGAGUCAGUGGUAGCCAAAACAAGAGAGGAGCAUAGAUUUCGACUAGUCGGAAGAGAGAGAGAAGAAGAGGGUGAUGGCGGAUUCAAGCGAUUCCGUAUCUGUUGAUAUGGAAACGAUUUAUCUUGGUUGAAAGCCCACUUAAGAAGCUAGCGGAAAAAAAGGAUGCUGGUGAUUAUAAACUUUAAGAAGAGGUUCAACUAAAGAGAGUUAUUUAGCAAUAUGUACAGUAUUCACUUCGAAACAUGGUAGUAGACACUGGAUUGACCAAUUUAGCAGUUUGGCUCUCAAGGCAAUGCUGGAGCAGAAGGCUUUAAUCGUCACAAAUGGGUCCAUGAAUAAUAAGAUCCCCACAUGUUCUGAUAAAGGUGGGCUUAGAUUCCGGAGCUGGUGCAAGAAUAGAAGCCGAACUUGCUGCAUGUGUAGUGUUUUGUUCUACUGGGAUCACUGCCGUUACUCCACAAUAUACUCUUGGGGUUAAGUUGCAUGGUAUCGGUGAUAUCUUCAUUUUGCUUAUUUUGUCGCAUCACUGCUGAUGUGGUGGCCGAAUCAUGUGUGCUGAAUAUUCAUCAAAUCAAAUGGUAAAAUAAUUCAGCCUUCACUCACCUGUUACAGUUACAGUUUGCUCAAACUCCUAUAACGAUGCAUCUCGGUUUCCCUGUAGUUUCUAGAGUCAAUGUGAAGGCGUUAUCGUUAUAUAGUUAUCCUGGUGAAGGAAUAUACUUUGGUGGCUAUGAAGGAUCAAGCAUCAUUAGUUGGUUUAGAGAAAAUAUGGACGGAACAAGUGUUCCUAUUAACGGUGCUAACUCUUAUAUAUAUGAAGUUACCGAUGAAGAUUACAAUUGCAGAUUAAUUUUUGGGUAUACACCAGUUCAUUCCGAUUUAGUUGUUAGAGAGCUGAAGAUGUCUGAGCCAACUAAUGGAAACUAUGAAGGCAUCAAAAAGCUUCUCAGUGAAGGUGCUGGCCUUGAGUGUUUGAUCAAACAGUUUUACGGAAGCACACUUCUUGAGGGCAGUCACCCAAUUCUUGAAUCAUUGAAAGAGAUUGAAAGAGAUGAGUGAAAUAGGAUGUCCAAAUGUAUCUGAAAAAAUGAGGUUGAUGUUGGUUUUAAUUCCCCCUGCAGUUUGAAUAUUUUUAUAUUGUUUUGUUAUCAUCACAAAGGAUGUGAUAAAUGAAUCUGAAGGUUACAUUAGGGAUAA